UCACCUUCUCCAUCAUUCACAUCCUUUCUCUCCUCCCCUGUCGCUCCCCCCUUUGCGUAUGUGCGUUUGAGUCUGAGCGUGUCUGCAUGUGAGUCAGCUGCAUCCUCAACACCUGGGACAUUACCUUCAGUCUCCACAGGGGAAGCUGCACUGCUGACACUCGGCUCCUUGUGAAAAGACCCUGAGGGUCGGACCCUGGUUGUCAUCUCUUCAGGUUUGUCGGUCAGGGCUGUAAGCCAGAAUCUCAGUAGGUGUGUGAGAGAGGGAGGGAGGUCAACAUGGGCUCCAGCUCCUCCUCCUAUGCCCCCAAAACAAUUUACCUGGAUGUGGAUGGGAAAGUGCAAAAGGUGGUGUUCAGUCGACACUGCAGCCCAUGUGACAUCAAGGAGCUUCUGUGUUCCUCAUCUAACAUUCCCAGGAACACUGCCAUCAUGAUGGUGGACCCAGAGGGUGCCUUAGUCUCCAUAGAUCCCACCAUGCCCACCAACUCUCCAAACUCUUUGUACAAAGUUGUCCCUCUGUCUACUGGUCAGCUUGGAGAGAAGGAGGACAUGUUUCAGAACGUGUUGUCCCAAGUGGCCGAGCAGUUCAGCAGAGCUUUUCGCAUCAAUGAGUUGAAGACUGAGGUCACCAACAGGCUAGCGAUGCUGGAGAAGAGAGUGGAACUGGAAGGCUUGAAGGUGGUGGAGAUUGAGAAGUGUAAAAAUGACCUGAAGAAGCUACGAGAUGAGAUGACUUCAAGAGGCGGUGGCAGAGUAAACUGUCCAUGCAAAUACAACUUCUCAGACGAUGGGAAGAAGGUCACUCCCAGACGAGAUGUCCCCAAUUACCCAAAGUACACAUUGUCUCAGGAGACUGUUGAGGCACUCAAGAAGCCAACAUUUGAUGUCUGGCACUGGGAACAUAAUGAGAUGCUAAGUUGUUUGGAGUAUAUGUACCAUGACCUGGGACUAGUGAAGGAAUUCAACAUGAACCCCAUCACACUCAAACGCUGGCUGUUGGCAAUUCAGGAGAACUAUCGUAACAACCCUUUCCACAACUUUCGCCACUGUUUUUGCGUUAGCCAGAUGAUGUAUGGCAUGAUUCACCUUUGCAACCUACAGGAGAAGCUGACUCUCACAGAUAUGGGAAUUCUAAUGACAGCUGCAGUGUGUCAUGACCUGGACCACCCUGGCUACAACAACACGUACCAAAUCAAUGCCCGCACAGAGCUGGCAGUGCGUUACAAUGACAUAUCUCCGCUGGAGAACCAUCACUGUGCUGUGGCCUUCCAGAUCCUUUCUCUUCCUGAGUGCAAUAUCUUUGCAAACGUGGAUCCUGAGGCAUUCAAACAGAUUCGACAGGCAAUUAUCACCCUCAUUCUCGCAACUGACAUGGCCAGACACGGGGAGAUACUAGACUCCUUUAAGCAAAAAGUGGACAACUUUGACUUCACCAAUGAAGAACAUGUGACAUGUCUGAAGAUGGUUUUGAUCAAGUGCUGUGACAUUUCCAACGAAGUGAGGCCAACUGAGGUAGCUGAGCCCUGGGUGGACUGCCUGCUGGAGGAAUACUUCAUGCAGAGUGACAGGGAGAAGUCGGAGGGUCUCCCUGUGGCUCCCUUCAUGGACCGAGAUAAAGUCACCAAACCCACUGCUCAGAUUGGAUUCAUCAAGUUUGUCCUCAUUCCGAUGUUUGAGACUGUCAUGAAGCUUUUCCCUCAGAUUGAAGAGAUCAUGGUUCAACCUUUGAGAGACUCUCGUGACCACUACGAAGAGCUGAAACAGAUUGAUGAUGCCAUGACAGAGGCACAGAAGAAAAAAACUGAAAAUAUGUCAUUAGGCGGGAAGAAGAAGUAAGCUGUGCAGUGAGUGAGUGCAGUGGUAUCUGUGAGUCUUUGUUUGUGAUCAAGUCAAGGAAAGACUUUGAAAAACACGACUGAAACCUCAUUGAAGAUGUUCUGUGCUGCAUUCUGAAGAUGACAGACGGGUCAGGAGAAGAGAGAAAAGAGACUGCACGGCUACAUACUGAACUAAACUUAGGCAUCAUGGUGGCAUAUCUUGAACUUUGACUUAGACUUUUGCACUGGAUGUAACAGAGAGGGACCUGGUGACCUCUCUGUAUAUUUGUGGUGUUUAUGUUGUUCUCCCUUCUUUUUUUAUUUCAUAGUGCCUCGAGAGUUUGAAGGACCAGUUUCUCACACUUAAACACACUUAAAUGAUUACCAUGCAUUUUGAAAAUAUACAAAAGCUGCAGAAUAGACCUCAUGGACUACACAAUCAGGAAAACAUUUUCCGCCAACAGUAAAUGAUUUGUUCUUAAUUUUUCCAGUAGAAAAAUUAAAUGUACCAAAUUUGACUGUUUCACCUCACUGUAGCAGUAUGUUUUUGAUUGAUAUGGACCACUGGCUGUUUUCCAAAGAUUAAUGCAGCUUUGCACCUUUAUUAUUUAUUUUCUUCACACAUAAGGAGCAUUUCAUUAAACCAUCAUCACUUUAUGUGCAUUCUCUUCCCGUCCAUAUUUUUUAAUAAAAGCAAUUCACAUAGGGUCAUGUAUUGUAAGUGUUAUACAGUCUGUCCUGUAAAGAAGUUUUAAUAUCUCACAAUACAUGUAAAACUGUGAUUUGUAUGUUUUUCUGUCACGCUCUGUGAGUCUUUAAAUAUAAAGGUUACACCACACCUAGCAGAGUGUCUUCUGUCUUAACAGGACAACAGCUUUUCCACAGUUAAUUCAAAUCCAGUCCCUUUAAAAACAAAAAUUUAAAAACAAAAUGCUGAUGUCUUCAAUAACCAAAGAGUGGAAAAAAAUCUCUUUAAAUUAGAAUAUAAUUAAGUUAACCUCCAACUGGUCAAAUUGCCAAUGAAGACCAAUGUGACAUAAAGACAUUGAAAUGAAUUGAAACUGUCAUUUCACUUUAAUGCGCAGAGACCAUAACAC